AUGGCGCCGUACAUGUCGGUCGAACGAGUCCACCAUUCAGAUUGCCCCGGCGACAGCGAAGCCGUCUUUGAUCGGCUCGUUCAGUCGGAACGAGGGCCGCUGAGCACGGGGUUGGUCAAGUCAGAGCAAUGGAGGCAGCUGCCGACCGAGGGGCUGUACCAGCUUGUCAUGUCCGAGCUGCUCGACGACGGCUGCACCCACCCCCUGGAGCCAGGGGGCGGAAGGGCUGUUGCCGUUGCCUGUGUGUUGGAUCUUGGGUUGAGAAUGCUCGAGAGUGAUCGCGGAAGGGAUCCCCUCGAGAACCUCGCGCGCAAGGCAAUCUGCGUGUGGCGAGAACGACCCGUCCCAGGCCCCGUGAUGGAGCCAUGGAACGUGGACGUCCCAGCGGCAGUGGACGAGUUCCUCCGCUGCGUGCGCCACCACUUCCCCAGCGUCAAGAUCGACGACCGGAAUGGGUUCUGCCACGAGGAGGGGAACAACACCAUGCCCUACUUGUGGGUUGACGAGCACUCGACCCUGGGACAGUUCGAUUUUACCUUCAAGACGGCCGCUGUGCUGCACUUGAACUGGCAGCUGAUCGACAAGCUCUACUGGGCCCGUUUGAAAGCCGACAGUGCCCUGCGCCAACGGCGCGAGGACGAGCGCCUCGCAGAGACGGCCCGCUUUAACCGGCUGCAGUUCCAUCUCGGGGCUAUGGUCACGCACCACCUAUGCCACCUCUUUGUCAACUUCCUCCGCGGGUUCGAGGACCUGGCCUACGAGGUGACCGACAUGGAUCUCAUGCGCCUCGUCCGGCGGUACGACCCGGGCGCAGAGUUCGAGGUCGAGUUUUUCGGUGGACGGCCGAAGCUGUUCAUCGACCAGCACGGUCCCAAGGAGGAGAGCUACCCCGGGCAGAGCUACGUAAUCAAGCGUGGAAGGAACGGGAGCAGAAUGGCGGCGGUUGUGGCACAGUACAAGAUUGAGAGUUAUCUCAAGGGCGACUUCUCUGUACCCCUUCUGACGGAGGUGGAGGCAGAGGUCUUUCCCAUGGAGCGGUACCAGGAUGUUUUGCGACGCUUUGGUGGGUCCAAACAUGAGAGCUGCCAGUGGAGAGAAAGUCAGGCUGGCACGAGGCGGGUUGCCGAGCCCGGUUCAUUCGACCAGCAGACGCUAAGUGUGCCGUGGGAUAUUCAGGGGGUUGAAUACCAGCUGUUGAAAAGGGCGUGCUUUGACCCAGCCAUCAGGCUUGUUGAUGUCACCGGGUUGUAA